AUGGCCAACGAUCAGUACAAGCGACUCCUGGCAACUGAAAAAGGAGAUCUCACAGUGUCCCGGAGGCUGAUAUCCGGAGCCUUGGCUGGAAUGACUGCAACUACAUUGACUCAUCCAUUGGAUGUUGUUCGCCUGAGGCUUGCACUACCUUCCAAUGCCCACAAAGGUAUGCUGAGGGAGUUUGUGACGAUCACGCGCACCGAGGGUGUGACUGCCCUCUACAAGGGCCUGAGUCCAACGCUCAUUGGCAUUGCACCGUAUGCGGCUCUCAAUUUUGCAUGUUACGAUCUGUUCAAGCACUGGUUUUAUGGGGGGUCUAACAGCAAGCAGCACGUGGUCAGCAAUCUGGCCAUCGGGGCAGUCUCCGGCACAGUCGCUGCCACAGUGUGCUAUCCCCUGGACACGAUCCGCCGCCGCAUGCAGAUGCAGGGGCAAAUGUACAAGGGCCAGCUCAACGCAUUCGUGACCAUAUGGCAGAAGGAAGGAAUGCGGGGUUUCUACAGGGGAUGGUCGGCAAACACCCUGAAGGUGGUGCCGCAAAACAGCAUUCGAUUUGUGUCGUAUGAGAUCAUGAAAGCCAUCCUGGGGGUCAAACGAUCCAAGACAGACACCUAG